ACGACCCACAUUUGUCUAUCGUCACCGCGACUUCCGAUGUCAGCAUGCCUCCACAAUCUAAAAGCGAAGCCAAAUAGUUACGAAUUGAUUCGUUGGUUCCGGUCACAUUCCUUGUACGGGAAGCAAAGUCCUUCGGAGGAAUGAGGCCUCACCUCAAUAAAUUCCUCCGUCGCGGCUCCUCUUCGCCUUCACUCCUCCCCCGCUACUUCCUUCUUCCCCUUUCCGGCUUCAUGCGAUGGAUGAUGAAGAAAGGCCGGGCUCUUCGAAGGGAGCGAAGAAGGAUCCGAGAAUAAUCGCGAGGAGUUACCAGAUGGAUCUCUGUAAAAAGGCAACGGAAGAGAAUGUGAUUGUCUAUUUGGGGACUGGAUGUGGAAAGACCCACAUCGCCGUGCUCCUCAUGUAUGAGCUCGGCCAUCUCAUAAGAAAACCGAGUAGCAAUGUAUGCGUUUUUCUGGCGCCGACGGUGCCUCUUGUUCGUCAGCAAGCCAUGGUCAUAGAGAGCUCAACUGAUUUUAAAGUUCAGUACUAUGUUGGGAACCGCAAGCAAUUGAAGGAUCACAAUGAUUGGAACAUGGAAAUUGAACAAAUUGAGGUUCUCGUCAUGACACCUCAAAUACUACUGCACAACUUACGGCAUUGUUUUAUCCGGAUGGAGUUGAUUGCUCUUUUGAUUUUUGAUGAAUGCCAUCAUGCGCAAGCUCAGACUAGACAUCCUUAUGCACAGAUCAUGAAGGAAUUCUAUAAAGCUAACACUGCUAAGUGUCCUCGAAUAUUUGGCAUGACUGCAUCUCCUAUCAUUGGGCGUUCUAAUCAGUUGAAUUAUAUAAAAUGCAUCAAUAGCCUUGAGAAUUUACUUGAUGCAAAGGUGUAUUCUGUUGAUGACAAUCCUGAACUUGAAAGUGUUAUUGCAUCCCCAGAUGUAAAAAUUUACUUUUAUGGUCCCGUUGAUCAUUCUGAAUCAACUCUUAUCUCGAGUUAUUGCAAAAAGUUAGAUGUGCUAAAACAUCAGAGUACUUGCUUGUUGUGGGAAAACAUUAGCGAUUCUAUUGAGAGGCGCAAGAAGAUAAAGUCAAUUAUGCGAAUGCAUGAUAAUUUAGUUUUUUGUUUGAAAAAUGUCGGGCUUUAUGGAGCUAUACAAGCUUUGAAAAUUCUUUUCAAUUUUGAGGAAUUUCAGCUUCCUCCAGGCAAGAAAGAGGAAAGUGGCAAUCAUGACAACCCUACAUAUCAAUUUUUGGAAAAGGCUGCAUCGAUUUUGGAUUUCAGCAUAUGUGAUGAUGUAUCUACUUCAGAUUUUCCUUUUUUGGACGUAUUUGAAGAACCACUUUUUUCACAAAAAUUAUCACUACUAAUCAGCAUCCUUUCGACAUACAGGUUAAAAGAGAACACUAAAUGCAUAGUAUUUGUGAAAAGAAUUAUUGUUGCAAGAGCACUUGCAUGUAUUCUUAAAAGCUUGAAGUCUCUAAAAUUUUGGAAAUGUGAUUUCCUUGUUGGCUUCCAUUCUGGAUUAAGGAACAUGUCACGGAGUAAGAUGCAUGCCAUUGUCGAGAAGUUCUCCUCUGGAGAGGUUAAUCUUUUGGUUGCUACUAACGUUGCUGAGGAAGGUCUCGAUAUUCAGACCUGCUGCCUGGUAGUUAGAUUUGAUCUACCACAAACUGUUGCUAGUUUUAUACAAUCUCGAGGACGCGCACGCAUGCUAAAAUCUGAAUUCAUAUUUCUGUUGGAAAGGGAAAACUUGCAAGAUGAGAAUUUACUUGGUGAAUUCAUGUCUGGAGAACAUGCUAUGAACAAAGAAAUUGUUUGUAGGUCAUCUGAUGCCGUCUUUGAUAAUUUAGAUGAGGCAAUUUAUAAAGUUGAUCUUACUGGAGCGUCUAUAAGUACAGCAUGUAGCGUUUCACUUCUUCAUCACUACUGUGCAAAACUUCCUCGAGACAAGUUCUUUACUCCUAACCUAAAGUUCUAUUACAUGGAUGACAGAGAUGGGACGAUCUGCAGAUUAAUACUUCCUCCCAAUGCUCCUCUUCGUCAGGCUGACAGUUUACCAUGCGCUUCAAAAGAUGAAGCCAAGAGAGCUGCAUGCCUGAAUGCUUGCAUUGAACUGCAUCGAAGGGGUGCCUUAUCAGACUUUCUGUUGCCUGGUUUCAGUAAUACAAAAGGCAUUGAAUCUCCAACACAUUCUUCUGAGAGCGUAUGCAGCGAAGAUGAAAACCUAAAAGAAGAACUUUAUGAAAUGCUAGUUCCUACUGUUCUUAAAGGUCCCUUACCAGAUUUUGAGGAGAAGAUAAAGCUAUACUUUUAUCAUAUAAGAUUUAUCCCUAUGCCGGAUGAUAGGAAGUAUCGUGCUUUCGGACUUAUUCUCAAAGCUCCUCUUCCAGAAGAAGCCGAAGCAAUGGAAGUCGAUUUACAUCUUGCUCGAGGAAGAAUUGUUAAAUCAGGCUUUGUGAAUUGUGGAAUGGUUACUUUUGGUAGGGAGGAGAUUUCUCAAGCAGAAAAAUUCCAGGAAAUGUUUCUUAAAAUACUUCUUGAUCGAUCUGAAUAUUUUAAUGAGAUAGUUGCUCUGGGUAAAAGCAAUGCAUAUCUUUCAUCGACUUUUUACCUAUUACUACCUGUGAUUGAGCAAAAUAAUGGAGAAAAUAAAGCUAUAGACUGGUCAACUGUUAAGCGUUGUCUAUCAUCACCAGCCUUUGAGCAUGUUUUAUAUGAAAAAGGCCUCACGGAAAGAAACACUUUGGAACUUUUCAACGGUCAAGAAAAUGUUUCUCACAUUUUAGACAGUUUAGUUUUUGUUCCCCACAAUAAACUCUUCUAUUUUGUUGAUGGCCUUCUUCCAGAAAUCAAUUCUAACAGCCGAAUGGCUAAUAGGGAUACAAGCUAUGCAGAACACUAUAAGUUCAAGUUUGGAGUUCAACUUUUAUACCCAGAGCAACCACUUUUGAAGGCCAAACCAUUAUUUUAUGUACGCAAUUUAUUACACAAUCGAAUUCAAGAAAUUACUGCAGAAGCACGUGAAUUGGAGGAAUAUUUUGUGGAGCUGCCUCCUGAGUUGUGUUGGUUGAAGAUAGUUGGGUUUUCUAAGGACAUAGGAAGUUCCUUGUCAUUGUUGCCCUCUUUAAUGCAUCGUUUAGAGAAUUUACUAGUGGCUAUUGAACUGAAGGAAGUCUUAUCUGCAUCUUUCUCGGAGGCUUCUGGAAUUAGAGCUGACAUUGUCUUAGAAGCACUCACCACAGAGAGAUGCAUGGAACGCUUUUCUCUAGAAAGGUUUGAGGUGCUUGGGGAUGCAUUCUUAAAAUAUGUUGUUGGCCGGCAUAGUUUUCUUUCCUUUGAUGGACUGGAUGAAGGACAACUAACAAAAAAGCGUUCCAGCAUUGUGAAUAAUUCACAUCUUUGUGAUUUGGCAAUUAAAAGCAACUUACAGGUGUAUAUACGUGAUGAAUUAUUUGAGCCAUCUCAAUACUUCCCAAUUGGACGUUCAUGUACUAACAUAUGCAAUUUGGAUACACAAUCAACAGUGCAUUCUUGUAACGUGGAAGAUGGAACAGAUUUUGUGGAUGUGAAGUGUACUAAAUCGCAUCAUUGGCUGCACAUGAAAACUAUUGCAGAUGCUGUUGAAGCCCUUGUUGGAGCAUUUCUUGUUGAAAGUGGAUUCAGAGCUGCAAUUGCAUUUCUUAAAUUGAUUGGUAUUCAAGGUGAUUUGAAGGCUUCAGAUGUUUACAGAGUUCUGGAAGGGAGCAAUAUCAACUUGUCGCUUGUUGAAAUUGUAAAUAUCAGAGAACUGGAGGAAUCAUUAGAUUACACAUUUAAGCACAGAGGCCUUCUUCUUCAAGCCUUUAUUCACCCUUCCUAUGGUAAACACUCUGGUGGGUGCUACCAGAAGUUGGAAUUUCUUGGAGAUGCUGUCUUGGAAUACCUGAUGACUUCAUAUCUUUAUUCUGUUUAUCCGGACAUGAAACCAGGUCAGAUAACUGAUUUGAGAUCCAUCGCUGUUAACAAUAAUUUUUUUGCAUAUAUAGCAGUGAGGUGGGGUUUCCAAAGGUACCUUAUAAAGGAUUCCAAAAGCCUAACUGAUGCAGUAAACAAGUUUGAAAAACUUGUACGUGCAUCUAAUCUUCCAAUGGCUUUUCUUGAGGAAUCAAAUUGCCCAAAGGUACUCAGUGACCUUGUUGAAUCAUAUAUUGGUGCCAGAAUUCUUGACGCAGGAUUCAACUUGAGAGAAGUUUGGAAAGUAAUGUUGACGCUGUUCGAACCUAUAUUGAGCUUUAAUAACCUCACCAUUAAUCCUGUCAGAGAACUUCGCGAGCUUUGUCAACAAAAAAACUUCUGUCUGAGGUUGCCACAGCCAGUGAAAGAAGGAGGAUGCUACUUAGUGAAAGUGGAAGUUGAUAUUGGAGAUGAGCAGUUGACCACCAGUACAACCAAUCACAAUUCCAAGGCUGGCAGAAGGCUGGCCGCUCAAAAAGCACUUGCCAAGUUAAAGGAUCUUGGUUACAAACACAAACACAAGUCAUUAGAGGAGGUUUUGAGGUCAACUCGUAAAAAGGAUCCAGAACUGAUAGGAUACAAUGAAGAUCCCUUGGACACGACGAAUUUAGAUGGCUAUAUGAUUCCAGUGGGGAAAUUAGUAAUCCAGGAAACAAACACGACUUCAAUAGGGUUGGGCGACCAAAAUGCAGAAGCUUUGUUGCCGUACGAGAGUGUUCUUAAGGUGCAACCCUCUCUUUCAGAUACAAGCCCUCCAGCAAAGAAUGGCGAAACUCGACAGCAUGAGAAAGAUUUUUUGCAAUGUUUCGAUAGUAAUAAAGUAACAGAAAGUAGUGUUCAGGAGAAUCGUGAUGAUGUUGACCGUAAGAAAUCAGCCAAGUCACGAUUAUUAGAAAUCUGUGCUACAUACUAUUGGAGCCCCCCUUUGUUCAAAUGCUGCAAGGAGGAAGGACCAUGCCACCUAAAAAUGUUCACCUUCAAGGUUACCAUUCAAAUCGAGGGAGCCGCUUGUACAGUUUUGGAGUGUUACAGCGAAUCAAGGCCACGGAAGAGAGCUGCGGAAGAGCAAGCUGCUGAAGGAGCAUUAUGGUACCUUGAACAGCUAGGGUAUAUUCCUAAAACCUAAUGGAAUCGAAACCAUUUCAAGAUUUCUUUUUUUUUUAUAUGGAAACCUUGAAGUAUCUGGCAAAAUUACUUUGGGACUGAAAAGACUCAGCCUCAUUCAAAAUGCAAGCAGUGUCUCGAGUCCAUGGUUGCUUGAAAAUGAAGUUUUUGUUUGUAAUUUUGUAGAUCUGUUCAGCUUGGUCUGAAGUUUUGGUUGUGAAGUUUGAUUCAUGGAUGGCCUCCUCGGCUCAAGUAAUCAGCUUGACAACUGGAUGCUUCUUUGUAUUUCCCU